CUACACUGGAAUCAUUUGAGCCUAAUAGCCACAGUGUCUUAUUGCAGCUGUAGUAGGAUGCCAUGCUUGGUGAUGAUCGGUAAAUACAUCGCUCGGGCUGUCAAUAGUCUGUCUUCUCGGAGGUCUGCGCGCUGUCACUGGUCAACGGCAGAAACCGCUGUCACGGCGCAGGGAGGUACGGCACGAGCCGGUCUCUACAGCAACUAAACUCGGCUAAACUUCGUCACAGAUCACGGUGCGCUGGCCGGCUCGGUCACUAGCAUCAUGACUAUAAUGGACAGUGGUCCGACUACUCCCAGCGGAUUACCCGAAGUUGAUCUGGCAUUUCUUUAUGAAGGAGAUUUAGAGAAGUUACGAAAACCAUGGGUCCGCGAACCUCAUUUCAUUCCUAUGGUUGUGGUGUACUCUGUCAUAUUUCUUCUAGGCGUGGUAGGGAAUGCUUUGGUCAUCUGUGUUCUGUGUUGCGGUAGGCCCCGCCAGUGUGUAACAUUCCCGGGACUUCUUAGUAUGGCUUGGGCGGACGUACUAUUUCUCUUGAUAUGUUUACCCUAUGAAAUAAUAAGGUUUUUCCUCAGUCACUGGGAACUAAGUACUUUUCUUUGCAAGUUUUCUGGCUUUAUUGAAAUGGUUUCAGCAACCGCAACAACGCUCAACUUAAUACUCAUCAGCGUCGAAAGGUAUUUUGUGAUUGCUCAUCCAUUGACAUCAAAAUCCCUCUGCACAACACGCAACACCAAGGUCGCGCUAAUUCUCGUGUGGCUAGCCGCCAUAUUGCUGGCUUCUCCGUCAUUUGUUGUGAUGGACACCGAGUCCAUCUUAUACCACAACAACGCAACAUCAGUUGUUGUCGUGUUAUGUGCCGACGUGGGCAUCCCCGACACCGGGCGCCUCGUCUACAGUGUGUGGCAACUGUGUGUGCUCUUCGUCAUCCCCGCCAUCGUCCUCAUGUUCUGCUACAUCCGCGUCAUCUGGAUACUCUGGAUGAGCACGCAACAACUGCAAACUAUGACGUCACCAUAUAGAUCCUACCAUCAGUGCAGCAACAAAAACCGUAACGACUCUGGAAACUGGAAACUAAAUAACGAAAGUCCUGAUACUACGCGGACUUCUAACAGAAGCAGACCGUCGUCCCCUGGAGAGGAGGCGUUGCAAGCAAGGAGACAGGUGAUUAAGAUGCUGGUGGUGAUAAUAGUUCUGUUCCUGAUCUGCUGGGGUCCAAAGCUGGUCAUACAUGUGAUGAAGAAGUUGGAACUACAGGCAUUGUACUCCCCCCACGUGUUCAACCUGACGAUCCUGCUUACCUGCCUACCAUACGUGCAAUCCUGCCUGAACCCGUUUAUCUACGUACUCAUGUCAAAGUCGAUCAGGAAAACAAUUAUGACGUCACUUCCUUUCCGCUUGCGCCGCUACUGCCUGUGCUACUGUUGUCAGUAUCGAACAUCCGGUUCACCAGUGAAUGAAAUGGUUCUAACUAACCACAGUGCAACGGGUCAAACCGGACUGAAAACGUCGGUGGAGACAUUCAGAAGCUAUGGUGCUAAUGAACCAACGGACCUCUAAGUCAGUGCACAGAACAGUGAACAUACAUUCUGCAUCCUGUACACAUAUAGUAAAUAAGUUUAGUCUAAUUCAAUUUUAAGGGGACUAUACGCCGUAGUAUUUGGGGUGAAAGAUAAGUUCUCACAGAGAAAGAAUUGCCUAAUAGUUAUAUC